UCUCUCUCUCUCCUCUUUAAAAAAUCAAAACUUUCCCGAGAAAAUCACCAAUUUUCCUUCAUUUUCUUUGUUCCCCUGAACAAAAUAAAAAAAAAAAAAUGGAAAAUUCGACGCAGGAAUCUCAUCUCAGAUCCGAUAAUUCGGUGACUUAUGAAUCCCCUUAUCCUUUAUACGCCAUGGCCUUGUCCUCCUCCUCACCGGCACGAACGCGCCACCACCGAAUCGCCGUCGGGAGCUUCAUCGAAGAAUUCUCGAACCGGGUCGACAUCCUAUCCUUCGACCCAGAAACCCUAGCCCUCAAUUCCCACCCAUCUCUCUCCUUCGACCAUCCUUACCCACCCACCAAGCUCAUGUUCCAACCCUCUUCCCUCAACAAGUCAUCCGACCUCCUCGCCUCCUCUGGCGAUUAUCUCCGUCUCUGGGAAGUCCGAGACAAUUCAAUCGAACCCAUUUCCGUCUUCAACAACAGCAAAACCAGCGAAUUCUGCGCCCCUUUAACCUCUUUCGACUGGAACGACAUCGAACCCAGAAGAAUUGGCACCUCCAGCAUCGACACGACGUGUACCAUCUGGGAUAUUGACAAAGGGGCUGUCGAAACCCAGCUCAUCGCGCACGAUAAGGAGGUGUACGACAUCGCUUGGGGUGAAGCUAGGGUUUUUGCUUCGGUUUCCGCAGAUGGGUCGGUGAGAAUUUUCGAUUUGAGGGACAAAGAGCACUCCACGAUCAUCUAUGAGAGUCCGCAGCCCGAUACCCCUUUGCUUAGAUUGGCUUGGAACAAGCAGGAUUUAAGGUACAUGGCCACCAUUUUGAUGGACAGCAAUAAAGUUGUGAUCUUGGACAUUCGGUCGCCUACAAUGCCUGUGGCAGAAUUAGAGAGGCAUAGAGCCAGCGUCAAUGCCAUAGCUUGGGCUCCUCAGAGUUACAGACAUAUUUGUUCUGCUGGGGAUGAUUCUCAGGCGCUGAUUUGGGAGCUUCCCACGGUGGCUGGACCCAAUGGGAUUGAUCCAAUGUCUAUGUACUCUGCUGGGUCGGAGAUCAACCAGCUUCAGUGGUCGGCUGCACUGCCUGAUUGGAUUGCCAUCGCAUUCUCUUCAAAAAUGCAGCUUUUGAAAGUUUGAGGUGUUGGUGGUGGAAAUUCAGAUAAUUUGUGUAAUGGAUAGGAGUAGGAUUGACGUUUUGCAAUUGGGUUGGUGCUUAAUUGCUACUCACUGAAGCUUGUUGUUUGUUUGUUAUUUUUCUACCUGGAUUAUAAAUUAUUAUUGUUGUGUUUUA